GCACCGAAUCCCGACCCAUCUCCGGAUCGUGACAAAUUCGAAACUAACCUAUCUCGUACCCCGUCUGUCCAGAGUGACGGCGAGAAGAGCGACCAGGACCUGGUGGUGGACGAUGCCAGCGAGGGACCAACGAGCCCGGUAGUAAACGGCACGACGUCGCCGCGGGAGAACGGGCUGGACAAGGUGGCGCCGAUCGGCGCCGGCGUGCAGACGAAGAAAGACGUACCGCCGCAUUCGCCGCGAAGCGGGACCAGCAGCAACGCCAGCACGCCGUCCGCGAAAAAGAUGGAGGAGCGGGAGAAGCCCACGACCCCGAUCUCAAAGCCGCUCACGCCGACCUCGGGGUCCGCGAUCGGCGGCGGCCUCAAGCCCUCGGGAUCGGCCAAGCUGCUCCAGGGACCGCCGCCUCCCGGUGUGCCCAGCGCUUAUCCGCCCCACUACGCGCCCGGCCCACCGCCGCACCAUCUGGCACCAGCUGGCCAGCAUCCUCACGUAGACAUGAUGGGUUAUAACGGCUACGUGGCGCCCAGAGCACCACCUUCGCUGCAGCAGCUAUACGAUCCCCACGUGGCCAUGAGGGCCCCCAUGGGAUCCGUUGGAGUUCCCGGAGGCAAACC